CAAUUCUUGGAAGCUGAUGAGCAAUCCUUAGAAGCUGAUAAGCAAUCCUUAGAGAGUUAUACUAUGGCUAAAAAAUUAUCAAGUAUCGUACAAAAACAUCCAGAUCGUAAUAAGUACACUUCAAAGUCCAUUAACACACAAGAGAUCGAAAGCAUUAUCGAAAAUAUUCGUUGGCAGCGUUCUGAUAGAUGUGGAAAAUCCGAUAGAAUGAAAACAUUAAAAACAAUUAAUGAACAUGAUUUUUAG